UGACUAAGUUAUAUAAAAAGGAAAAGUGAGAGAGAACAAAUUUUGAAAUCUUUGAGAUGACAAGUGAAGCAGAAGAGGUUGACAAAUCUCCAACGAACCAAAUGUUGCCUCUGGACAGCGUAGAGCGUACUUGCCCAGAAAACUACGUCGGUUGCUGCGUUUGAAGCUCUUGUGGAUGAAACAAAAGACGAUGACCGCCACGACGAUUGGGGGGUUCUUUGCCUUCAUCUCACUCUCUCAAUCACAAUCCUCUUCUUUGACUUUCACUUCUCUCUCUCCCUUUCCUUCCUCAAAUUCGAAACAAAAAAGUGCCCACAACUUAACUGCCAAAAUGCCUCGCAUUCCACAGGCUCAACACCACACCCCUCCUCCCUCUCAGAUAUUUGCAGAUUGGCAGGCUGCCAAGGCAUAUAAAGAUAGCGGAAUCAUCUAUAAUGGUAUUGUUGAAGGUUUUAAUGGUGGAGGCCUGAUUGUUCGUUUUUAUUCUCUUCUAGGGUUUCUCCCAUUCCCACUGUUGAGCCCUUUACAUUCAUGUAAAGACCCAGAUAAAACCAUCCAAGAGAUUGCAAAAGGUUUACUCUAUUCACUCAUAUCUGUGAAGGUAAUUACAGCAGAUGAGGAUAAAUGGAAUUUAAUCUUCUCUGAAAAGGAAGCUGCCUGGUCCAGAUUUUCUGAACAGGUCAAGGUUGGGGACAUUUUUUAUGGAAGAGUUAGUUCUGUUGAGGACUAUGGUGCUUUUGUUCAUUUGUGCUUCCCUGAUGGUCUUUAUCAUCUCACUGGACUGAUACACAUCUCAGAAUUGUCAUGGGAUCUAGUUGCUGAUGUAGGAGACGUCUUAACAGAAGAUGAUGAAGUGAGGGUCAAAGUUGUUAGUGUUGAUCGGGAAAAAUCAAGGAUUUAUCUAUCCAUUAAACAGGUGGAAGAAGAUCCAUUUCUAGAAAAUUUGGACAAAGUGAUGCCUCAGGAUGGUUUAGCUGAUCCUAGUUCUUUGGGAGGUUAUCAUAGUGAUGGUGGUAUUCAUCCUCUUCCAGGGGUUCAAGCAAUACUUGAUGAGCUAUUGCAUGAAGAUGGUAUAUAUGAUGCAAGAAUCAGGCGUCAAGGGUUUGAGAAACGAGUGCUCUCACAAGACUUGCAGCUUUGGCUUUCUAAUGCACCUCCCGCUAACCAACGGUUUAAUCUCCUUGCUCGAGCUGGAAGGCAGGUGCAAGAAAUACAUUUGACCACAUCACUUGAUAAGGAAGGAAUCAAAAGGGCAUUACAACGAGUUAUGGAGCGCGUUCCCUAAUUGACUGAAAUCAUUACAUUUCACGUGUAAUUGCAGUCUCGGAGGAUCGGUUCAGGUAAAGAAAGGAGAAGUUUGAUGCAAUAUCUCCCUCAACAAUAAGCAAUUGGAUACAGCAAUACGUACGACAUAUCCUAGAUUUGAAUAUUUUUGUACCCAAACAGCAAGUGUCAGCAAUACGUAAGAAUCAAAGACACUUCUCAGUAGCAUUGGCGUAACCUCAUACUUUUAGUUACAUUUUUAUUUUUUUUUGCCUUUUUUUUUAAAAAACUUUUAUACCAAUAUUGAUUGAAAUCUCACAGUAAUUUAAACGUCUUAUGCUCCAUUUUCAU